AUGAGUGCUAAGGAUAUGGCUAGAGCAAACUACAUAAGCUCAAAAUUAUUAGGAAGAAAGAGAAAUACGGUUGAAAUUGUUACUGAGGAACCAAUUGAAAAUAUAAUGAAGGAAAUUGAGACAGAUACCACAAUCGACCGUCAUAAUGUAAUGGAUAUGUGCCAGGAGUUAUUGAAUGAACCCGUCCAAACAUUGAACCGUAAAUUUGCAUUAGAAGGCCUAAUGUUUGCAUUGAAUUCAACAAUGCCUCCACAGAUGGUAGCACUGGAUGCUGCACAAGCAUGGACAGUGUACUGGAUUACAAAUUCUAUGCAGGUGUUUGAUCAGGAGACAUUAGAUGAUGAGGACAGACGUAAGAUAGUUGAUAAAUUAUUCUUGAUGUCUAAAGAUAAGGGACCAUUUAGUGGCGGUGAAAGUCAACUUCCGCACAUUGCAAGUACAUAUGCUGCAAUCAAUGCGUUAGCACUAUGUAACAAUAUCGAUAAUUGUUGGGAUGCACUAGAUAGGAAAGCCAUAUAUGAAUGGUUAUUAUCAUUAAAACAAGCAGAUGGUGGAUUUACAACUUGCAACCCCGUGGGUGAAUGUGAUACAAGAGGUGUAUAUUGCGCGUUAAGCGUAGCAUCGUUAUUAAACAUCGUGACAGAUGAAUUAACUGAAGGUGUAGUAAAAUACUUAGAGAAUUGUCAGACAUACGAAGGUGGAUUUGGAGCAACCCCUUUUCAAGAUGAAGCUCAUGGUGGAUAUACAUUUUGUGCAGUAGCAAGUUUGUGUAUUCUGAAUAAAUUACAUACUAUAAAUGUUGAAAAAUUAAUGGAAUGGUGUAGCGCACGUCAAUACAAUGAGGAAUUGGGUCUGUGUGGUAGAGGUAAUAAAUUAGUUGACGGUUGUUAUAGUUUCUGGGUUGGUUCUACAGCAGCAAUGGUUGAAGCCACUACUGGGGUUGAAUGCAUAAACAAAUCUGCAUUGCGUAAAUAUAUACUAAAUUGUUGCCAGUCGAAAACAGGUAUAGCAUUAAGGGAUAAACCUGGAAAGAACGGAGACUUUUACCAUACAAAUUACGUAUUGAUGGGUCUUGUAAUCACUGAAAGUACAUUUAAAUUUAAAAUUGAUGCUGAGAGGAAAUCUCCGUAUGAUAUGGUAUCAGUUCCUUCUACAACUGAGAGUGCAACAUCUGACCUUAUCCCAAUAAAUCCGAUAUACGGACUUCCCGCUGAUACUGUUGAAAAGUUCCACAAACAUUUUACUUGA